GUAUGUCGUCCUCCCCCAGGCCACAACAGACAGAGUUCUCAGUCCGCAAGAUGGUCGUUGCCAUGGAGAUAGCCUUGAAAGGUCCUGGGGAGACAACAACCACAGGUGUCUGUGGAUAGGGGGAAGGGAAUGAGAGAGAUUCUCACUUCAGCGAUCUUCAGGGGAGUUGUUGUUCCAGUAACGGCCUUGGCCAAGGCCCGUUCUGGGUGAGGGAGCCGAAAGCACAUAAGAUUGGGAUUUUUUGGUCUUCCAGUAGCUGCAUUCAAUUUGCGCAACUACUAUCCCUCCAUUUUCCUCCCAUUUUCCAAUAGGUUUUCAAAUCGAUCCAAUUCAUUUGCAGAGCCGUCAGCUUCUCCACGAUGUUAUCAUUCUGGCGGUUUAAUGCCACAGUCUGAGUGCCAACAACUCUACCCAGCGCAUUCGGGCAGCCUUAGGGGGCUUUUAACAGCUGUCACCGUUUCCUUAAUUAUCCGAUAAGCCAGGGCAGCGCCAAAUCCAAACAGCAGAAAUCCUGUAAUCAUAGUUCCGAAUAGGUAGAUGUCUUCUACGUCCUCCACGGAAAGGGCCGCUAGGAACACGACACGCCAACGCUCCCACGCGUCCAUCGUGGAACCAGCUGCCAACGUCCCGGCAGGACGGGCAGAUUCCCCGAACCCGAGCUUCUCGUCGAGAAGAUGGUGUCAAUUGCGCUGAGAGUCCAGUUGAUCAAAUCCAUGGUUUUUAGUUCGAAGAGCGAUGCGGAGAGAGUCUCUCAAGUAUAAGACAAGACACGACAUGACGAUAGGAGCCAAGCAGGGAAGGUCAUGGGGAGGAGAGGGAGAGAAAAAUGCGACCGCCUUCGGAGAGAGCCAAACGAGAUGUUGCUGACACCUUGAACAUUGUGCCUACAGGCUUUACUUCUUUUUCUUCAUGUGGGUAUUUUUUUGUAUUUCUAUUUGGAUAAUUCACUCUUCACCCUCCUCUCCUCCUUGCUUUAGGACCUGGUGAAAUUGGGGAACCUAGUGUGUCCACAAACACCUCCUCCAUCUCUCUGAGCUGGACCUCACCUCCGGGUGAGGUGUUCAAGUACAGGUUGGAGUGGCAUAAUGGUGGAGCGCUGACGACCGGUCACACCAGCAGCACCUUCAGCGUGCUGUCAGGCCUCGUCUCUGGUACCAAGUACACAAUCUCAGUCGUUGCCGUCGCCGGAGACAAUCAGACGGAAGGACACGCUCACACAUUCCUCUCAGUCACAAAGCCUGAAGUAGUCCGCAAUAUCACUGUCACUCAGAUCACCACCUCCUCUGUAUCUCUGAAGUGGACUAAACCGGAGGGAAACAGCUCUUUCUACCGAGUACAGUGGACUGAUGGAAAUGGAAAUGGCAGUGACCAUGUGACUCAAACCAAUAUAACCAUGACUAACCUGACUGCUGGUGUCCAGUAUGAAAUAACUGUGACUGCAGUGACGGAUGACGGCAGAGCUGAGGGACAGAGUACCACUGUUUCUCAAUACACACGGCCUGGCGAUAUUGUGGGACAUAGUGUGUCCACAAACACCUCCUCCAUCUCUCUGAGCUGGACCUCACCUCCGGGUGAGGUGUUCAAGUACAGGUUGGAGUGGCAUAAUGGUGGAGCGCUGACGACCGGUCACACCAGCAGCACCUUCAGCGUGCUGUCAGGCCUCGUCUCUGGUACCAAGUACACAAUCUCAGUCGUUGCCGUCGCCGGAGACAAUCAGACGGAAGGACACGCUCACACAUUCCUCUCAGUCACAAAGCCUGAAGUAGUCCGCAAUAUCACUGUCACUCAGAUCACCACCUCCUCUGUAUCUCUGAAGUGGACUAAACCGGAGGGAAACAGCUCUUUCUACCGAGUACAGUGGACUGAUGGAAAUGGAAAUGGCAGUGACCAUGUGACUCAAACCAAUAUAACCAUGACUAACCUGACUGCUGGUGUCCAGUAUGAAAUAACUGUGACUGCAGUGACGGAUGACGGCAGAGCUGAGGGACAGAGUACCACUGUUUCUCAAUACACACGGCCUGGCGAUAUUGUGGGACAUAGUGUGUCCACAAACACCUCCUCCAUCUCUCUGAGCUGGACCUCACCUCCGGGUGAGGUGUUCAAGUACAGGUUGGAGUGGCAUAAUGGUGGAGCGCUGACGACCGGUCACACCAGCAGCACCUUCAGCGUGCUGUCAGGCCUCGUCUCUGGUACCAAGUACACAAUCUCAGUCGUUGCCGUCGCCGGAGACAAUCAGACGGAAGGACACGCUCACACAUUCCUCUCAGUCACAAAGCCUGAAGUAGUCCGCAAUAUCACUGUCACUCAGAUCACCACCUCCUCUGUAUCUCUGAAGUGGACUAAACCGGAGGGAAACAGCUCUUUCUACCGAGUACAGUGGACUGAUGGAAAUGGAAAUGGCAGUGACCAUGUGACUCAAACCAAUAUAACCAUGACUAACCUGACUGCUGGUGUCCAGUAUGAAAUAACUGUGACUGCAGUGACGGAUGACGGCAGAGCUGAGGGACAGAGUACCACUGUUUCUCAAUACACACGACCUGGUGAAAUUGGGGAACCUAGUGUGUCCACAAACACCUCCUCCAUCUCUCUGAGCUGGACCUCACCUCCGGGUGAGGUGUUCAAGUACAGGUUGGAGUGGCAUAAUGGUGGAGCGCUGACGACCGGUCACACCAGCAGCACCUUCAGCGUGCUGUCAGGCCUCGUCUCUGGUACCAAGUACACAAUCUCAGUCGUUGCCGUCGCCGGAGACAAUCAGACGGAAGGACACGCUCACACAUUCCUCUCAGUCACAAAACCGUCUGUGGUCAGGAAUCUCUCCAUCAGUGAUGUCACCACAUCAUCCGUGUUCCUGAGCUGGACUGAACCUGAAGGCAACGCUACCUCUUACACAGUUCAGUGGACUUUAAGAAAUGGCAUCUUGAGUAACACCACCACUGAAACCUCUUUUACCGUCGACAAUUUGGACCCUGGAGUCCAGUACAACAUCACAGUGACCGCUGCAGCUGGACAUCCUUUAAACAAAGGAGAAGGAAUCCUAAAAAGGACUUUCACAAGGCCUGCAAAGCCAGAGGACAUUAUGGUGACAGCACAAGGAACCGAUUACCUGAACAUCAGCUGGAACUUGCCUGGUGGGAGGGCCGAUCACUACGUGGUGAACGUCUCCAAUGAGGGACAUAUUGGUCUGUAUAGCAACACAACAGCAGUCACCACAGCCCUCUUUACGGAUUUAAAUCCUGGGAGACUGUUUUUCAUCACUGUGACCGCCGUGGCUGGGAGCUUCACGAAUACGUCUAAUCAGUCUUCAUUUGCCACUGAGCCCACACCUCCUGGUUCCAUCAUCAUCACUCAGACAACAUACUCGCUUCAUCUGAAGUGGGCGGCUCCGGCUUUGAUGGAGGGAGCUCCACACAUCAGCUACAACAUCACCUACCAGCCAGAGGGUGGUGCAGUACAGCAUACAAGCACCUCGGCCAAUACCACAGAGCUGUCCCCUCUUCUGUCUGGUGCUCCCCACAAUAUAACUGUAGAAACAGUUGGACCCCUUAAUUUGAGGAGCACGGCUGUCCUUAAUUCUGCUUUUACCUUGCCCCACCCUGUGCUGAACCUUACUGCCAGUCCCAAGUCCACCACCUCAAUAAAAGUGAAAUGGUCCGCCCCGCUGGAGGCCAAGUUGUAUUACGAAUACUUGGUUGAAACCAACAGUGCAGGAGCACUGUUUAACACAAGCGUCAGCAAUAGCAGCGCUGAUGUAACCAACCUGCAGUCAGGAACUGGAUACCACAUCAAUGUCACCACGAAAGCAGCAGAGGGAAGUGAAUCCUCAGUGGAACAGACGUUCAGUUACACACUGCCCGAACCGGUGGCCGGCCUCACAGUGGGGGACGUGAACACAACAUCCAUCCGGCUGACGUGGCGCAGACCAAAUGAUCACAAGCCUUCCUACUCCUACCUGGUGAUCGCUCUCCGGGACGCCAUGGCGGUUCAGAAUGAAUCGACCGGGACGGAAAAUUACACCUUCUUCCAUCUGACCCCCGGAGAACUGUACACUUUCGAUGUAUUGACCGUUGUAGAAGGGGUCAAGUCCGCAAAGGAGAGCACCCAAAGUUACACAAAGCCCGAAGCAGUUUCUGGCAUCAUGGCCACAGGAAGCACAACAAACAUGUCAGUCAGCUGGACAUCCGCGGUGGGACAAGUGGUCUCCUACACUGUACUGCUGUACAGAGACGUUCACUCGGUGGCCAACAGCACGGACCUGAGCAACACCACUGUGAACAAACUGUUUACGGACCUGACUCCAGGAGCGCUGUACGAUGUGGUAGUGGUCACUAAAAGUGGACCUUUCGAGAGCACAAGGUCAAGUGUUCGGAACGCAACUUUUCCCAACCCCCCCGGCACCAUCAGGGUGGAGUCUCAGACUGUGAACUCCAUCAGCUUCACCUGGGCCUCUCCAAAGGACAUGGACCAUCAGCAGUACCACUUCAGUGUGUCCAGCGUUAACGGUUCCUUUGAGACCGUAAACAACUCGUUCCUGCUGAAUAACCUCCAGUCUGGAAGCCCCCACAAUGUCUCUGUUGUGACUGUCGGCGUGUGGAACUACAGGAGCACCGCAGUGACCACACAACAAUAUACCAGACCAUAUCCCGUCACAAUGCUGAGACAGACAGAAAUCAGCACAGAUGCAGUGACCUUGGAGUGGGAAGCGCCCAAGAACCAAUCUCACUACUCAUAUCUGGUGGAGACCACAAAUGGCUCAUUUCUUCAAUCCGAAACUGUCUUAUCGCAGCACAAAGUAAUCACCGGACUUCUCUCUGGGACCAACUACAGCUUCACCGUCACCACUCAGACACCAAAUGGCACUCAGGCAGCUCCUGUGACUGUGUCCUACUUUACACGUCCAUACAGUGUUGGACAGGUGGAAUCUAAAACCUUAGACACAACUGCUGUCCUUCUGGUUUGGAUGACACCACCGGAGUACAAGCCUGAAUACACAUAUCGGGUUAAGACUACAAGCUGUGGCUCCCAAAGCGAAACCCUUGCAGUGGAAGUGGCAUGGAUUUUUGGGCUCCCCCCUGGGACAAACUGCACCUUCUGUGUUUUUGUCCGGGCGGCCGAUGGCAUCGAGGGGAACGCGAGCUGCACCUCUCAGUACACUAAGCCUGAGGCAGUGCAGCCACACAUCUCCAGCCUGGGCUCCAAUAGUUCCAUCCUGCUGUCGUGGAUCCAUCCUCCUGGGAACGUGGAGCUUUAUAAGGUUCAUCUCAACAGCACGCCCCAGGCUUUAAAGAAGCUUCGGCUGAACUCCAGCAGUACCAGCUUUCUGUUUCACGACUUGUCUGCUGGAAAGCUCUACACCGCUGUGGUCAUAACGUGUAGUGGACACUUCAAUGUGUCAUCUGACUUUAUUACCAAUGCAACUUACCCGAACCCUCCCGGGUCCAUUAGCGACUUGACGAAGACGACCAGCUCCAUUGACCUCAGUUGGCAGGAAGCACCGCUGAUGACGGCUGCAAUGUUCCACUACCAGUUGACCUACACAUCACCCCAGGGAGAAGAACACACCACUACCACCAACACCAGUCAUUCUCUUACCUCCCUGCUUUCUGGGACUUCCUACAACAUCUCCAUAGCAACAGUGGGUGCGAUGGGUUUUAAGAGUGAGAAGGUUCAUAUCUACAAGGUCACUACAAGACCGAUGAGCGUGAAGCUUCUCAAGGUUUCAACACAAGAGGAGGGCAUCGUUGUCAUGUGGCAUGAACCUGAUGAAUACAAGGAAAGCUAUCAAUACAAUCUGACCUGGCAAAGCACAGAUGGGCCCAUUAGUCAUAGAUUAAUACGAGAAAACAUGUAUACGCUGGAUAACCUGGAUCCUGGUAAACAGUACAACAUCAGUGUCACCACAGAGACCGAUGAUCAAACCAAAGGUGCUCCCAGAUGGAAUUCCACCUGCACAAAGGCAAGCCCAGCGAGGAACGUGGAAUGUUACGGUCCGAACACGACAAACGCUCACGUCAUCCUGACCUGUAACAUACCCGAUGGCCAAUACUCUGGCUUCGAGGUCACUGUAAAGGACGGCGAGAUCAAUACGACACACACCUGUAAUCACACCGUGUCCAACCUCCGUCACUACACUCAAUACUUCCUGAAUGUGACGACUGAGAGCUGUGGACCACCCAGCACCGCGAGGUCUCUUUCCUGCUGGACGGGCAUCACAAAUCCCCCCAUUCCAGAGGACUACGAGUCCCUUGUGGUGGUGAGCAACAGAGAAUACAACAAGUUCAACCUUCAGGUGAAAACCAGCCUGCUGAGCAGCAUCAAUGGGCCAAUCACACAUGUCGGAGUGAUGGUGACAGAUGUUCACCCUGGAGACAUUUCUGACUCCGAUAAGUACGUGGGGAAAACUCAUAAACAGUGGCAGGAAAAGGAUACUCCAGUAUACAUGGCAACAGUUGUAGAGAACACCUUCCUCUCACGCAGCGGAGCCAGCCUUCUGAACAUAGAAAUAGGGGACCAGUCCAAAUGGAAGGGCUACACUAACGGUGCUUUGGAGGCCAAUGGGAAAUACCAAUACGCUAUCGUGUUGUUCACCAGUCUGGAACUGCAAGACGACUUAGUGAAUGGCCAAAGGUCACUGUUAAAUAUAACCAACUUCUUUCCUGCUGUUCCACUCCCACAGAACCCAGCGGUCAUUGGCAUUGCUGUCGGAGUAACGUUGGGAAUUUUUUGCGUUCUCAUCAUCAUCCUCAUUGGCUUUAUUAUCUACUGGAAAAGAUUUUCCCACAAAGAAUCGCCAGACAUCCAGAUUCAUUCCAUGAGAGCCAAAGUAAGCGUGGCUGUGAGGGUGGAGGAGUACGCGGCUUACUACAAGAAGCAGAAAGCAGACUCAAACUGCGGCUUUGCUGAAGAGUUUGAGGACCUGAAGCUCGUUGGUACAGCUCAGUUGAAAUCCAACGCUCAGACGUUGGAGAACAAACCCAAGAACCGCUACAACAACGUGCUUCCUUAUGACUCCUCUAGGGUGAAACUCUCUAUCAUCCAUGGGAGUCCAUUUGAUGACUACAUCAAUGCUAACUACAUGCCGGGUUACAACUCCAGGAAGGAGUAUAUCGCUGCUCAGGGUCCUUUGCCCACCUCGACCAGCGAGUUCUGGAGGAUGAUCUGGGAGAAGAACGUCCAGACGCUGGUGAUGCUGACACGCUGCACCGAGCAGGGACGAGUGAAAUGUGAGCAGUACUGGGAUCAUGGCACCAAGCACUUUGAAAACAUUAAUGUGACAACAACCUCCGAAGUAAAACUUGAAGACUGGACCAUCAGGGACUUUGACGUAAAAAAUGUAAAAACAGCAGAGACCCGUUCAGUGCGUCACUUCCACUUCACAGCGUGGCCAGAUCACGGAGUCCCCCAAACCACCGAGCUGCUCAUCAGCUUCAGACACCUGGUCAGAGAGCACAUGGACCAAUACUCCAGACACUCCCCUACUGUGGUCCAUUGCAGUGCCGGCGUUGGACGCACGGGAACCUUCAUCGCCAUCGACCGUUUGAUCUUCCAGAUCGAAAGUGAAAACGUGGUGGACGUGUUUGGCAUCGUCCACGAUCUGCGCAUGCACCGGCCCCUCAUGGUGCAGACCGAGGACCAGUACGUGUUCUUAAACUACUGUGCCAUGGACAUCAUCAGAUCAAGAACUGGAACCAAUGUGGAUCUAAUCUACCAGAACUGUGCUGCACUGUCUAUUUACGAGAACGUCGUUCCCAAAACAGGUUUCCUCAAAAGCGGCUAUGCGUAGCCUCGAGAAAACACUCAGGUCUUCUACUUCGCAGACAUUUGAAGAAGGAACCCUUUUAACUGAUUGCGCUAUAUUUAUUUUUUUAUACCUGUCACGCUUUUGUUAAUAAUUGUGUAGCUUUCUGGAUUCAAACCCAUAUGUUGUGGUAUUUAUGAGUUGAAAGUGUUGAAUGUUUGAUGAUGAAGGGAACUGUAUACGGGGACACGACAGGGGACAUAAUCACUGACCAAUAAUAUGUGGAUUAUAUGUCAACGUUGGUCAAAUAUAUUUCUCUCUCUCUCUUAUAACUGCAGGUUUUUGUCUUGCUUAGUUUUUAUUUCCGCUUGUUUACUACUGUUUAUGACUUACUGCUGAUUAAAUUUUCUGCUCAGGUAAUAUGUUGGAUGCUGUAUAGAUAUUUUUAAAGUUGCCUUUGAUGAAGAAACAUUUGUAAUGUUGAACCUUGGGAAUUGCCUUGGACAAAUAUUUGCUGGUAUGAAUAUUAUGUGCCCUUUAAAGACCUGUAUGCUUUCGUGCCAGUAGGGGGCGCUCUACUCCAUUAUUGUCGUCUUUAACUGAACAAGACAAACGGGGACUGUUUUGUAGUUGCCUUGUUAGAGAAACUUCCAGUUUCCCAAUAUGAAUAGAAAUGUGCAAUGUGUUUGAUUGAAGACGUGUGCUUGUUGUAGAGACUUUUGUAUGUAUAUGCACUGUAGUGAAUUAUGCACUGGAUGCAUUCCUCUUUUUAUACACUGUCAUCUUUUUUAAAUAUACAGAUAUUUUCCUAUUGUUGAGUACCUUCUGGCCAGUGCUUUGUCAAACUGUUUUGCUAACACUUCGCUAUUCGCCCAACAUUCGAUUGUUUAAAUUUCUAAGUUGAUUAAAGUGAUGGAUCGACAAAAAAAAAGAAAGCUCAGGAACUUAAAACAAUGACAGCUGGACAUUUUGCUGGGGAGGUAUGUAUGUAUGAAGGUCACGCGGUCACCUGGUGUUUUUCUUUUGUUGAUGUCCUUUCUCUGCAUUGUACAUUCCUCAAAGAAACACCCAUGAUGUGUCACUUCCUGCCAGCAUAUCUGGUCUAUCUGUGAUAUUGAAAUCGCCAGAGAAACUUUAUUUUCAGCUUCUAAAGAGCAGAAUUUUCCAUGAGGCAGGUACGAUUUAAAAAAAAAAAAAAGAUAUUUGAUGUGGGACUAGCCUGUAGAUAUUUUCUAAUUCAUGUCCAUUGGAAGCACUUAAUGAAAACAAGCUCACAAAGUUGUAUGAUGUUUUUUGAAAUGCUUCAUGAGAUGCUUGCUGGUACAAUGCAAAUAAAUGUAAAAGGAGCCAGGAUUUAAUAAUUGUCAUCCUUCAAUCUGUGGAACUAUGUGGGAUUAAAGAUGUUGCUCCAUUUGAACCCAA